CGCACGAGUGUGUGUGUGUGCGCGCGUGUGUGUGUGUGUGCCAUGUGCGGUGGCUGUCUGGGGCGCGACCAUUACGAUAGGCACGGGGGCCGACUGGGACGGUGGCAGCAGCGCCGGGGCGGGGGAGACACGCUCGUCGAGCACAAGCUGCUGCCCCUCAUUAAUAUACAUGUAUAUGCCAUUUAGCCGUAGUUAAAAUGAGGUUAAAGGUUGGAUUUAUCCUUCGCAGUUUGGUAAUAAUCGGCACUUUUUUAGUCCUGGUCGUGCUGUGGUCCUCCCUUACGCCGAAAGCAAGCGACGACAUUUUUGCUAAAGUGGGCCGGGGUGAUGCUGCUGAUAUCUUACCCAACGGCAAGAAUAAUAUAUUGGAAAAAUUUAAACCUGUGGUUCCUUGGCCUCAUGUUGAAGGAGUGGAGGUCGACCUGGAGUCCAUCCGUCAGAAGCAUGUGGGACAGAAUGAGAUGCACCAGCAAAAACGGGAGUCUAGAGACGGUGUGCAGAAUCAGCAAAAUGUCAUGCAGAAGCAGUACAUUACUUUUAGACCCCACAGCCACACGUACGCCAACCCUGUGCUAAAACGAGGUAUUUUAGGCAACUUUGAGCCGAAGGAACCUGAACCUGAUGGAGUGGCAGAUGGGCCGGGGGAAAGAGCCAAACCGUUUGUUCUGGGUCCAGACUACAAGGAUUCUAUCCAGGACAGCAUCAAAGAGUUUGGCUUCAAUAUGGUGGCCAGCGACAUGAUAUCCCUGGACCGCAGUAUCAGUGACUUGCGGCACGAAGAAUGCAAAUACUGGCACUAUGAUGAGAAUUUGAUGACGUCGAGCGUCAUUAUCGUCUUCCAUAACGAGGGGUGGUCCACACUGAUGAGGACCGUGCACAGCGUCAUCAAAAGGACACACCGGAAAUAUCUUGCUGAAAUUGUUAUGAUUGACGACUUUAGCAAUAAAGCGCACUUGAAAGAGAGGCUGGAGGAGUAUAUCAAGCAGUGGAACGGCCUGGUUAAACUGUUCCGCAAUGAGAAAAGGGAGGGCUUAAUCCAAGCCCGGAGCAUUGGCGCCCGGAAGGCCACGUUAGGUCAGGUGCUCAUCUACUUGGACGCUCACUGUGAAGUCGGAGUGAACUGGUAUGCACCCCUGGUGGCCCCCAUUUCAAAGGACAGAACCGUCUGCACAGUUCCUUUAAUAGAUUACAUAGACGGAAAUGAUUAUACCAUAGAACCGCAGCAAGGUGGGGAUGAAGAUGGGUUGGCCAGAGGUGCCUGGGACUGGAGUUUGUUGUGGAAGCGGGUGCCUUUGAACAGCAAGGAAAAGGCUAAGCGAAAGCAUAAGAGUGAACCAUAUCGGUCUCCUGCUAUGGCUGGCGGUCUGUUUGCUAUCGAGCGAGAUUUCUUCUUUGAGCUGGGGCUGUAUGACCCUGGCCUGCAGAUCUGGGGAGGAGAAAACUUUGAGAUCUCUUACAAGAUUUGGCAAUGUGGCGGUCAGCUGUUGUUCGUGCCCUGUUCCCGAGUUGGGCAUAUAUAUCGUCUCCAUGGUUGGCAAGGAAACCCACCUCCUGCGCACGUGGGCUCCUCCCCCACGCUAAAGAACUAUGUGCGUGUAGUUGAAGUAUGGUGGGACGAGUAUAAGGACUAUUUCUACGCCAGUCGACCCGAAACCCAGACUCUGGCUUAUGGAGACAUCAGUGAGCUAAAACAAUUUCGAGAGGAGCACCAUUGUAAAAGCUUCAAGUGGUUUAUGGAUGAAAUCGCUUACGACAUACCUGCUCACUAUCCGCUGCCACCCAGAAAUGUUGAUUGGGGAGAGGUUCGUGGAUAUGAAACUAACUACUGUAUAGACAGCAUGGGUCACACUAACGGCGGAAAUGUGGAGACUGGGCCCUGUCAUAGGAUGGGCGGAAACCAGCUUUUUCGAAUAAAUGAAGCCAGUCAGCUCAUGCAGUAUGACCAGUGCCUGACAAAGGGACCUGACGGGUCGUCAGUAAUAAUAACUCAUUGUAACUUGAAUGAGUAUACUGAGUGGAAGUAUUUUAAGGAUCUUAAUAGAUUUACAUAUAUUCCUACUGGGAAAUGCUUGGAUCGAUCAGAUCUGUUGCACAAGGUUUUCAUCGCCGAUUGCGACCGAAGCAAAAACAGUCAAAAGUGGGAAAUGAACAACAUCGUGGCAGUGUAGCACUUACACAGACAACUUCUUGAAGGUUGUGGAUCAAUUUCUGGAGCCACCACAUGCCUGCACAACUGCUGCAUUUAGAAGUCUAGUAAAUUGAAAGAGGAGAAUUAUGGGAAAUAUAUCCUCCUGUUUUUAAACUGUUUACAGAUCCAAUUUGAAACAUUUUCCCAUUAUAGGUCUUGUUUACAUGUUUUCUUGAUCUCCAUGUCUUUGAAGGUAUUUCUUGGGAAUUACUCAGGGUAUGAAGUGUGUGUUGCUUUCCCAUUCGCAGUGUAUCAUUGAGAAUCCCACUUCAGUGGGUACCAACGCUCCUUUUUCAGCAAAUUAAUUGCAUACGCUUUUGUUUACCUUGUGUCUUGCUGGUUUAAACUGGAAUAUGAAGAAGUCAGUUUGCAGUUCAGCGGUUUUGAAAGUGAUCAUGCCAGGGAACGGCAGUAGAGUUAAUUCCAAGGAGAAAGUCCGUAUAUUAACCUCAAUAUUACUUUAGCAGAAAUGGUCUGUGUGAGAAGAUGGGGGGCAAAAGCUAGGGCAGUGUUUCCCAACCCAGGCCUCAGGGACGCCCCCCCAGACAGUACAUAUUUUUGUUCCCUCCCAGCCUGGGGGUCCCCAAGGACUGUCUUGGGAAACAAUGAGCUAGAGGACCUUGACUCCUGUACCUGAAGACUGCAUGCUAUGCUGCUAAUUCUGUCCAGCUAAGUUCUUAAUUAACCCUUUUCCUACUACUUCAUUGUUGUCUAAAUUAUUUAGGUUUUAUGAAACCAAUAGUCGAUGGGGCGGUGGCUCAGUGGUUUGCAUUGUUGAUUCGCUCCUCCGGGACUGAGGGUUUGAAUCCUGCCUCUGCUUUGUGUGUGAGGUGUUCGUAAGCUAUGUGGACGUUCUGCAGGUUUCGUCACAGUUCUCCAGUUUCCUCCUGCAGUCCUGAAACAUGUGGUUGGGCAAAUUAAUGUCUAAGUUGGCCAUUGUGAAUGAAUGAAUGUGUAUGUGUGUGCGUGUGAGUGUGAGAGACCCUGCCAUGGACCUAUAACCCAAUGUCCCUGUACUGGGUAAAUGGUUGGAGAUGGAUAGAUAGGUGAACAUGGUGUUUCAGCUCUCACUAUACUUUUCAGUCAUACUACUUGAUCCAGUACUGGAUCAUGGGGGCUUAGAGCCUGUCACAGGCAUCUCUAGGCACAAGGCUGGGGAUCACCCAGGAUGUGAUGCCAAUCUAAUGCAGGGAUGUUAACAAGUGAUCCAUGAAUUUAUAAUUGUGUUUUUUUAUUUUAUUUUUUUUUUUUUGAUCAACAGCUUAAUCAGCAUUAAGUUACACUGCAGACAGCCAGGAUCUGAACCUGAGAUUUGUGCUGAACUGUAAGGUGCUUAAGAUUAGUCAGUUAAAUUAGCCUGAUAACAAUGGAAUAAUUAAGUUUGCAAAGUAAUUACAGAAUGUAUGGAUUUUGACUUUUGCAUUCUCACAGUUUUUCUUUUCUUUACUUUUUUGCCAAUAAAAUCAAUCACCAUAGUUUAUUUUUUUAAGGUUCACUCUGGAAGUUUGAGAUAAGAACUUUUUGCCCCAGAGUUUCCAGUUUAAGAUUAAAAGUGCAGAACUAUUCUAAUGUUGCAUGUUUAGAUAAAUGAUUUAAAUUAUGUUCACUGGUAAUAGAUAUCAACCCUUUUGAAUAUUAUUUAAAAUAACAAUCAGAAGGGCUGAAACCAAUUUAAAUUUUAAACAAUAUUUUAAAUGUCACAGCUUUUAUGUUGGAACAGUGAAGUCCAACAAAGUGCGGGGAAAUCUCUUAAUUAUACGAUUACAUGGAUUGUUUAUAUUUGCUUUUGGGGCAGUGAGGGUGAUGAAAAUGGUUUCCACAUUUUCUAUAUCAUGAUAUUUUCUUAUAUUGCCAAGAAUAAAUACGUGAUAAAGUCAUUCAGACUGAGGAAUUUGAACAUCCCACCCUAAGAAUAACAUUGAUACCACACAUAUGGGCAUUUGUUAUAAAUUGUCUGCAGUGACUCUGUUUUCCAAGGAAGAGACAUAUGUUGAUAAAUCUUUUUAGAUGUUUUAUGUUGGCCCACAUAUAUGCAUAGAAUGUUAAUAUGUUUGUCCAUUUUUUCCCCUUUUUUUAGGUGAGUAUUGAGAAAUAUAUUGAUUUCCCCCCCCCCCCCCAAAUUGGUUACAGUGUAUUUCUCUUCUGUUUGGAAUCCCUUUCAAUUGAUUUAAAAAUUGAUAAAUGAAAAAUAAUGGUAUAGACGGGAAGCCAGCUGUGCGUAUCCAUUCUUUUUAUACCAUGUAAAUAAAGAUAUUUCUAUAUGUCAUAAGCAAGACUUGCUUUUUGUAUAUAUCCUUUUACCUAAUACUGGACUCCCUGUACAUCUGUGGAAAUUAAACCAUAUCUUUU